UAUGAAACAGAAGCCUAUGUAACAGUUCUUCAUUCCUCAGAAGGUUAUGUUUGUGGAGCAAUCGCGUUGGCACAAAGCAUAAUCCAAAGCAACACUAAAAGAGACCUUGUUCUUCUUCAUGAUAAAUCUUUAAGUGACAAAUCUAUACGUGGACUUCGAGCUGCCGGAUGGAACGAAGUAAUUUCGCGUAUUCGCAGCCCGUUUCUAAAAGACUCAUACAAUGAAUGGAACUACAGCAAGCUUCGUGUAUGGCAACUCAUUGAAAUGAGAAAGUAUUUUUAUCGACGUGAUCUUCUUGUCUUACGGAACAUCGAUAAGUUCUUCUUUUACCCGCAGUUAUCAGCUGCAGGAAACGACGGGUCGUUGUUCAACUCAGGGAUUAUGGUGAUCGAGCCAUCUUUGUGCAUGUUCGAGAAGUUAAUGGUGAAGAGCUUCAAAGUGGCUUCAUAUAACGGAGGGGAUCAAGGUUUUCUCAAUGAAAUUUUCACAUGGUGGCAUAGAUUGCCUUCGAAGAUUAAUCAUCUCAAGGUGUUUCGUACUCUUGAUAAUAAGGAUAGCAACAACGAUGAACAUCGAAUCCCAGAAAAUCUUUAUGCGAUUCAUUAUCUGGGAUUGAAGCCAUGGUUGUGUUACAAGGAAUAUGACUGUAAUUGGGAUAUGGUGGAUCACCAUAUAUUUGCGAGUGAUUCAGCUCACAAGAAAUGGUGGAGAGUUUAUGAUGCCAUGCCGAAGAAGUUGCAGAAAUUCUGUGGGUUAACAAAGCACAUGAAUUCGAGGAUUAAGAAGUGGAGAGGGAUAGCUAGAAAUUCAAGUUUUUUUAAUGGACAUUGGAAGAUUAGAGUAAGAGAUCCUAGACAAUACCAUCUUGUUCAAUAAUUGAAGCACUACCAUUAAUUUCUAUGGUAUGACGAUGCUAAU